AUGACCUUAGUGAAUCUCAGUACAAUUGUUCACUGGCUUCCAGUGGUGAACAUGCUUCCAACUCUAAAAGUUCUUCGUCUUAUGUCUUGCCAACUUAAAACUUGCAGUAAUUCUCUUCAGCUCUCAAAUUUGACAUCUAUUGAAACACUCGACCUUUCGGAAAACGACUUCCAUGGUCCGUUUCCAGACGAGAUAUGUAAUAUGACCACCAUUGUGGAGCUUGAUUUAUCAUUUAAUAACCUUGUGGGCAUGAUACCUUCCAAUAUGAAGAACCUAUGUAACUUGGAGACAUUGUCCUUUUCCGGAAAUAAUAUGAACGGGAGUAUAACAGAAUUAUUCCAUCGAUUACCCAAUUGUUCACAGAAUAAACUACAGGGGUUGUCUUCCAGGUACAACAAUCUGAGUGGAAGCCUUCCAACUACACUAGUAGAACCUUUAAGAAACCUAAGCUGGAUAGAUCUCGGUCAUAACAAACUCACUGGUCAAUUGCCAGUGUGGAUAGGAGAGCUCACAGAGCUAAGAAUUUUGGCCCUUAACUCCAACAACCUGGAUGGGGUCAUCCAUGAAGGCCAUUUAUCACUUGAGCUUACGAAGUUUGUUAAUCUGCAAUAUUUGGACCUUGCGUACAACAAUAUAUCAGGGAGCAUACCGAGAUCUAUUAGUAAUUGCACAGGCAUGGCACAAACAAGAGGCAACUCUGAUAAUCUUCGGUAUGCCUUCAAUUAUAUAUCUGGGGUUAAUGACAAUGUACUAGUUGUCUACAGUGAGAAUUUCACAGUACUCACGAAAGGUCAAGAGAGAUUAUAUACAGGAGAAUUCAUAUAUAUGGUGAAUCUUGAUUUAUCUUGUAAUAGUCUUACCGGAGCGAUACCCGCAGAUAUCAGCACUCUCGUCGCAUUGAAGAGCCUGAACUUAUCAUGGAACAAUUUCAAUGGAAAAAUCCCUGCGAAUAUUGGUGCCUUGAUGCAAGUGGAGUCACUCGACCUGUCACACAAUGAGUUGUCCGGUGAAAUCCCUUCAAGCUUAUCGGCUCUAACAUCAUUGAGUCGUCUGAACCUGUCCUACAACAAUCUGAGAGGAAAGAUACCAACUGGAAAUCAACUGCAAACACUUGAAGACCAGGCAUCUAUUUAUAUUGGCAACCCGGGUCUCUGCGGUCCUCCUCUCUCGCUGAAUUGUUCACAGUCCAAGCCAAUUCCAGGAGAAAAUCAUGGAGAUGCAUGUGACGGCAACGUGGUUUCGUCUUUCAUCGCCACGGGUUCCGGAUAUGUGAUGGGUCUCUGGGUGGUCUUCUGCACGUUCUUGUUCAAGAGGAGAUGGAGAGUUUCGUGGUACUCGCUCUGCGACAGCCUGUAUGACCGGGUUUAUGUGCAAGUGGCUGUUACCUGGGCUUCCUUGAGAGGUAAAAAAGAAGCAAAAACGGGCGCCGUCAGUCCACAGCAGAUUACAGAAGUACAGGUCUCCAUCCCCACUUCACAGACGCAGAUUCAUUCCCUUGUUGCCGGCACCGGCGAGGAGGGCCGGGGCAGCGGGAAGGAGGCGCUGGGGUGGCUCGGGGUCGUGGGGGAGUUCUUCCACCGGAUCGCCGCCAGCCCGCUCGACGGCGUCUCCGUCCGUCCUCGUCACCGGCCUCCAGAUUGCCAGGCAUAUACUGAACAUUAA